AAAAAUAGAAAAUGUGUUUGUUCGAACAAAAGGUGACAUAUACAUCUGUUUGUGAUAUAUUUAAUGAUGUGAUAGAAUUCAGCUUACAGCUGAGAGUCUAACAUUGAUCUCAAAGUCAAGUGUCUUCAGUGUUCAGCAAAAUGAACAAAUGAAUAUGAAUGUACCCUGUUGUAAGUUACCCUAAGUAACCAUUAGAAUUUUAAUAAACCAAUGAAAGUGAGGCUUUUUUAGCACAAGGAUCAUCAUUAUUUCACUGCUAUUCCUUAAUCAUUGUUCAACAAGUAGGAAUUUCCCAAGAAAAAAAGAAUGUGAUGCCCUUUUGACUUCUUCAAUAUUAACAUAGAAAGGGAAAUGCUAACAUCCUGACCAGCUUCCUCUGCUCAUUUAUCGACGAACUAAGGAAAGUGAAGAGAAGAAGGGUAUUUCCAGAAAGUGGAAUUCCAAAACUCUAAUUGCCGUCGCCUCAAGAUUCCGGGACACGCUCCAUGCAGGAGGUAAGCCACCUAUUUAAAUCACCCUCACAGCAGCUCUGGACUCAAAAACGCUUGACUGUGCGAUCAAGUCACACAUACUAUCCUGAUACUGUGACUAUACCCUAAAAGGAUUACAUCCAGAUACUCAAUUACAAUGGAUUUCUACAAUACGCAUACAUUUGCCAUGUCUACAUUGUUCAUCUUUUUCUUCUCAGUAUUGAAUCAGUGGACGGGAGUUGAAGGCUGGUCGUACCAUUACUCAGACACCACCAUGGCCUGGGUCGAAGCUCGUGAAUGGUGCAAGGAGAACUACACAGAUAUGGUGGCUAUUCAAAACCGUGAUGAAAUCGAAUAUCUCAACACAGUGAUUCCCAAGGCUACUACUGGAUACUACUGGAUUGGUAUUCGUAAAAUCAACGGCAUCUGGACCUGGGUAGGAACCAAUAAGCAUCUGACGGCAGAGGCUGAGAACUGGGCCAAAGGGGAACCUAAUAAUGGAGGCAACAAUGAGGACUGCGUGGAAAUGUACAUCAAGAGAGGCACUGAUGACGGCAAGUGGAAUGAUGAGCAUUGCCAAAAGAAGAAGUCUGCAUUAUGCUACACUGCAUCCUGUAAGAAAGACUCUUGUAGUCCUAAUGGGGAGUGUGUUGAAACCAUCAACAGCCACCAAUGUGAAUGUUUUGAAGGCUUUUAUGGAAAAAAGUGUGAACACGUUGUUAUAUGUGAGGAAAAGUACAUCUCUGCUCCUGAGAAUGGCAGCGUCCAAUGUAGCCACGCUUUCGGGAAUUUUUCCUACAAAUCCGAAUGCAAAUAUUCAUGCAAUGAAGGCUACCAGUUAGUUGGGGCCAAAGUGACAGAGUGUGGUGCCACUAAAGCAUGGUCCAACACCCCCCCAACCUGUGAACUUGUUCAGUGCCCCGGUAUCGAGACUCCUCAGGAUGGCAGUGUGUCCUGUACAGACCAAACUCUAAGCCUAGGCUCUGUAUGCAGCUUCAGUUGUAUUGAGGGCUUCAUCCUGGAAGGUGCAUCGAGCACAGAGUGUACAAAAACAGGAGAUUGGAGUGCAAAUGUUCCUAAAUGCACAGCUGUUCAGUGCCCCGCUGUCAAGACUCCUCAGGAUGGCAGUGUGUCCUGUACAGACCAGACUCUAAGUCUAGGCUCUGUAUGCAGCUUUAGCUGCAGUGAGGGCUUCAUCCUGGAAGGUGCAUCGAGCACAGAGUGUACAAAGACAGGAGAAUGGAGCGCAGAUGUUCCUAAAUGCACAGCGGUCCGUUGUCCGACUCUUGAAGAACCUUUGGAAGGGAAAAUGAAAUGCACUGGUGAUAGCUAUGGGAAUCAGUGCACAUUCAGCUGCAACAAUGGGUACCAACUUUUGGGAGUGUCUGAGCUUACGUGCACUAAAACUGCUCAGUGGAGUCAAGUGACGCCAUCCUGUACAGCUGUUCAGUGCCCCGCUGUCAAGACUCCUCAGGAUGGCAGUGUGUCCUGUACAGAUCAAACUCUAAGUCUAGGCUCUGUAUGCAGCUUCAAUUGUAUUGAGGGCUUCAUCCUGGAAGGUGCAUCGAGCACAGAGUGUACAAAGACAGGAGAUUGGAGUACAGAUGUUCCUAAAUGCACAGUUGUUCAGUGCCCCGCUGUCAAGACUCCUCAGGAUGGCAGUGUGUCCUGUACAGACCAAACUCUAAGUCUAGGCUCUGUAUGCAGCUUCAGCUGUAGUGAGGGCUUCAUCCUGGAAGGUGCAUCGAGCACAGGAUGUACAAAGACAGGAGAAUGGGGCGCAGAUGUUCCUAAAUGUACAGCGGUCCGUUGUCCGACUCUUGAAGAACCUUUGGGAGGGAAAAUGAAAUGCACUGGUGAUAGCUAUGGGAAUCAGUGCACAUUCAGCUGCAACAAUGGGUACCAACUUUUGGGAGUGUCUGAGCUUACGUGCACUAAAACUGCUCAGUGGAGUCAAGUGACGCCAUCCUGUACAGCUGUUCAGUGCCCCGCUGUCAAGACUCCUCAGGAUGGCAGUGUGUCCUGUACAGACCAAACUCUAAGUCUAGGCUCUGUAUGCAGCUUCAAUUGUAUUGAGGGCUUCAUCCUGGAAGGUGCAUCGAGCACAGAGUGUACAAAGACAGGAGAUUGGAGCGCAGAUGUUCCUAGAUGCACAGCUGUUCAGUGCCCCGCUGUCAAGACUCCUCAGGAUGGCAGUGUGUCCUGUACAGACCAAACUCUAAGUCUAGGCUCUGUAUGCAGCUUCAGCUGUAGUGAGGGCUUCAUCCUGGAAGGUGCAUCGAGCACAGAGUGUACAAAGACAGGAGAAUGGAGCGCAGAUGUUCCUAAAUGCACAGCGGUGAGAUGUCCUUACCUCCAAGAUCUAAUCAAUGGUCUCAGGAACUGUUCUUCGGAGGAAAACCUUUUCAGUACUGCAUGUUCCUUCAGCUGUCUCAAUGGCUAUGAGCUUCAAGGACACCAGAUAGUGAUGUGCAGCCUCAGUGGAAACUGGACUGGAGAGGUGCCAGAGUGCAAAGAAGUCCAGUCUGAGCACAGUUUGUCUUUGGUGUCUGGUGUGACCAUUGGUGUAGGAAGCGCCGCUGCAUUAUCCAGCUUGGGUUUUGCUUUCUGGAUAAUGAAAAGACUCAGAAAGUUGAAAGCGAAAAAGUUUGACCUUAGUAACUCGGACAUUGAUGUGCCACCCCAGCAAUACAAAAGUUUCGAUAGUCUCAUUUAGACAAUAAUGCUACAAGCUAUAUGGUCUCUUACAACACCACUUUGCACACGGCAGUUUCAACUGUAGAGUGAAUGAAUACACUUAUAUUGCAUUUUUAAUGCUGGACAUUGUCACAGAGCAGCUGUACUUGAAUCCGAUUAUGGAUUUCGAUCCCGUAUGAGUGAGUCAGAAUGAAGGGUGAUAAAAUAAUUCCCUAAAAUUAUAUACUUUAAGAGGAAACAGACUCAAAAAAUUUCUAUUCAAACAAGACUUUUCAGUACAAACAUCAGUCAUUUUUUUUAUUCCAAAGUUUUAGCUUUAAGUCUAGGUGAGGCUAUCGACUGAACAAUGAACAAAACUUGAAAUAUUUUCAAUAAUGCAGUCUUUAGACUGUCCUUGUGAGAACAACUUUAGGGUAUCUUGUGUGGUACCAACCUCAGCAUUCUGUAGGCUAGCCAUGUGGUAGAGAUCUUCACCAGCAGUGUUCUAAGGUGAAGGAGCUUCAAGCAGACAUGAGGGAGAAUCUAGCAUGGCUGAAAGGGAGAGCCAGUUUUCUAAAGUGAGGUUGAUCCUCAAUCCUCUGUAGGACUGCCUAAAGAAAGACAUUCCUGCACAUGUAUUAGUUAUUUAAUAUAUCUUCUGUGUUUCCAUGGAAGUAUUUAUUAUGUAAUUUAUUCAGCAUAUUGUUCUAUGCUGUUUGUGCUGUAUAUGAAUUUCAUGAUGUUUAUGAAGAGCUACGUAUAUGUUCUGUCUUUUUUUUAUUUUUUAUUUUUUGCUGUUUCAUUGUCAUAUUGUGAAUAUAUUUAAAGUGGUUAUUUUGCUUAUUGUAGCCACCUCUUUUUUAUUUAUAUAUUUUUUUAAGUGCUAAGAUGUGUUUUUAUUCUAUUAAAAUGUGACUUAUCAAUAAAU